AUGACCGACUCAUCGCCCAUGGCGCCAGCCAAGCCCAACACCAAAAGGCCAAAGAACGACAGUAACUGGCACAGAAGCAGGCUGGCGGAUGCCACAUUCAACGCGAAACGCUAUCCCGAUCCUUUGAAAGCUCGUCCGUCACCGGACCCCAGAUUUGGGGUGCCUGAGGGAGUGACAGCGGAGAUGACGCAGAAGUGGUUGAAUAUGAUCAGAGAGUCCAAGACACAGACGCCUUCAUCAUAA